AUGCGCACCCCGCAUUCCAACUCGGCUAUCUGGUGCUUCGAGGACCCGACCUGCCCAGGGCAAGGGUGCGUCGAGGACUCGGGCUGCCGGUAUUGCGAUGCCUCGGCGAUCGGCGGGCCUUCAUACGAUGGUGAGGCGUGCCCAUCUACCCAGUCUUUCGGUGCCGCACUGGCCGCCGACGAGGGCUGCACUGCGGACGCGAAGCCUUGCGCAGCCCCGCAUUCCAACUCGGCUCUCUGGUGCUUCGAGGACCCAACCUGCCCAGGGCAAGGGUGCGUCGAGGACUCGGGCUGCCGGUACUGCGAUGCCUCGGCGAUCGGAGGGCCAUCGUACGAUGGUGAGGCGUGCCCUUCGCCAGCGCCGUCUUCGGGCUGCACUGUGGACGCGAAACCUUGCGCAGCCCCGCAUUCCAACUCGGCUAUCUGGUGCUUCGAGGACCCGACCUGCCCAGGGCAAGGGUGCGUCGAGGACUCGGGCUGCCGGUACUGCGAUGCCUCGGCGAUCGGAGGGCCAUCGUACGAUGGUGAGGCGUGCCCUUCGUUAGCGCCGUCUUCGGGCUGCACUGUGGACGCGAAACCUUGCGCAGCCCCGCAUUCUAACUCGGCUAUCUGGUGCUUCGAGGACCCGACCUGCCCAGGGCAAGGGUGCGUCGAGGACUCGGGCUGCCGGUAUGCGAUGCCUCGGCGAUCGGCGGGCCUUCAUACGAUGGUGAGGCGUGCCCAUCUACCCCUUCUCUCGGUGCCGCACUGGCCGCCGACGAGGGCUGCACUGCGGACGCGAAGCCUUGCGCAGCCCCGCAUUCCAACUCGGCUCUCUGGUGCUUCGAGGACCCAACCUGCCCAGGGCAAGGGUGCGUCGAGGACUCGGGCUGCCGGUAUUUGCGAUGCCUCGGCGAUCGGAGGGCCAUCGUACGAUGGUGAGGCGUGCCCUUCGCCAGCGCCGUCUUCGGGCUGCACUGUGGACGCGAAACCUUGCGCAGCCCCGCAUUCCAACUCGGCUAUCUGGUGCUUCGAGGACUCGGGCUGCCGGUACUGUGAUGCCUCGGCGAUCGGCGGGCCUUCAUACGAUGGUGAGGCGUGCCCAUCUACCCAGUCUCUCGGUGCCGCACUGGCCGCCGACGAGGGCUGCACUGCGGACGCGAAGCCUUGCGCAGCCCCGCAUUCCAACUCGGCUCUCUGGUGCUUCGAGGACCCAACCUGCCCAGGGCAAGGGUGCGUCGAGGACUCGGGCUGCCGGUAUUGCGAUGCCUCGGCGAUCGGCGGGCCUUCAUACGAUGGUGAGGCGUGCCCAUCUACCCAGUCUCUCGGUGCCGCACUGGCCGCCGACGAGGGCUGCACUGCGGACGCGAAGCCUUGCGCAGCCCCGCAUUCCAACUCGGCUCUCUGGUGCUUCGAGGACCCAACCUGCCCAGGGCAAGGGUGCGUCGAGGACUCGGGCUGCCGGUACUGCGAUGCCUCGGCGAUCGGAGGGCCAUCGUACGAUGGUGAGGCGUGCCCUUCGCCAGCGCCGUCUUCGGGCUGCACUGUGGACGCGAAACCUUGCGCAGCCCCGCAUUCCAACUCGGCUAUCUGGUGCUUCGAGGACCCGACCUGCCCAGGGCAAGGGUGCGUCGAGGACUCGGGCUGCCGGUAUUGCGAUGCCUCGGCGAUCGGUGGGCCUUCAUACGAUGGUGAGGCGUGCCCAUCUAUCCAGUCUCUCGGUGCCGCACUGGCCGCCGACGAGGGCUGCGACGGGAUGACUUACACGAGAAACUACGCCGAGGGCACACCGCACGAGUGCAGGUGCGACAGCUACUGCGACGACUUCUGCGACGAUGAGCCGAAUGGCUGCGCCAGGACGUGCAGGAUCUUGAACGGAGUUUUCGAGCACAUCCCGUCCGUACAUGCAGGCGACCGUACUUGCACUUGGUAUGCGCACUACGUGACCAACCCGAUUGACUACGAGGGCUACGAUUGCUCGUGGAUGACUGGCACUGGCGAGGGCGGCCAUGGAGAUGAUUGCCAAGAUGGGACGUCCGUUGGCGCCUUGAAGUGCCGGGAGGGAAACCAGAACCAGAACAAUUGCCACUUCUAAUCAUGGUGAGCGUUCCCGAGGAGAGGGUCUCCCCGAUUUUAGAACUCUUGUGGUGGGCGAAGGGGUUGAGAUGCAUUAUACCCAGCUUUUUCAGGCUCGGUCCACUGCCUCUUCCAGCCAAGAGCGUGCGGAAGAGAGUACAGAGUGCAUGAUUCGUAGAUGAUGGAGAUACACUAGCAUCCUAUCAGUGCUUCCCAUCACCAAAAGUUUGGACCGUUGUGGGGGCCCGGGGCACCUCGCAGACGCGCUGUUAACACAAACCGCACUUGUAGGAAAUCUUGACGCUUCGCGUACACCUGGCAAUCCAUCCAGAAACGAUCCCCAAUCGAGGUGCCUUGAUCAGGGACGCAAGGCAGCAUGCAGCCCAGGAG